GAGAAGAGGAAGGAAUGGGACAGAGAUGCUGCUUGGUCCAGGCGCCCAAGUGCCAGCUACUGGUGGUCAGUCUCUUUGGCAUGCUGCUUGGGCUAUCAGUAGCCAUACUGACCAUUAUCACCUACUACGAAAGGCGCUUUAUUGUCAUAAGCGAAGUCUCAUUGGAAACAAACCCCAUUAGGACUUUUCACAAUAUAGCUUUGUACACUGGAAUAUGUCUGAGUAGCAUCCUAACCAUUGCUGCUAUACUGAGUGUUGUUGCCACCUGGAGAGACCUGGAGAGUAUCAUGGCAGUGGGGUUCCUCUGUUUUGCCAUGAUGUUCUGUGCAUCCGUUCAGGCUGCCUACUGGGCGAUAAUUAACAGUACUGAGGUUGAAGAGGCCAUGAUGGAUGUCUAUGACUUUGUUUAUGAGGACAUGAGAAACAAUUCUUCAAGUAACAGAAGGCAGGAGCUACUUACCAUCCAUGAAACGUUUCUCUGCUGUGGAAAGAAGCUACUCUUCGAAGAAGCAAGAGAUAUUGAAAAUGAGACAUGCCAGUCAGAAACAAUAGGAACAACUAAAGAGGACUGCCUCCAAGCGAUUCACAACUUCCUGGAAAAACACAUGAGAUUUGUCUCCAUACUGAUGAUCAUUACAACUAUAAUCAUGGUGUAUGGGAUGGUCUUAACGUCAUUCCUCUGCUUUUCAAUUCAUUUCAAGAACAGUUUGGAGCGGAAGGACAAGUACAUUCUCACAAGGUGACAGAAAAUUGUCUUUGGAGCCCUGCCCCCAGAGAAAAGUUCAAGG